AUGAUAAACAAAUCCCUUGAUAAAAACCAUUGGAAAUAUAAACAUGGACAACAAAAUCCAAGCCAAAGUGAACGAAGUGCUAACGAAGCAAAUAGCAGUACACAAAGGGAUUCGCCAGGGAAUCACCUUAAGCUUCUUGCUUUUCAAUAUAAUUAUGAACGAAAUAAUCAAAAAAGUAAGAAAUCUAAGGGGCUACAAGAUGGGGAUCGAAAUAUCACAAUAUUAUGUUACGCUGAUGAUGCUGUUCUAGUCGCAAAAAAUGAGGAUGAUCUUCAAAGGCUUUUACAUGUGUUUAACUGCACAGCUAAAUCUUUCAAUAAGAUAUUAUCUACGUCCAAUACAAAGUGUAUAACCACAUCCAAAACUCCGAUAAGAUGUAAGCUAGUCAUAGACGACCAGAUAAUUCACCAAGUAAUGGAAUUCAAAUGCCUAGGAAUCGAGAUUUCAGGAUUUGAACACAUAGAAAACGAAGUAAGAGAGCAAACAACUAAAGCCUUAAGAAUAGCAGCAUGUUUGAACGAAACUAUAUGGCAAAAUAAACAUAUCGGAAUACAAGCCAAAUCGAGAUUAUACAAGGUCACGGUAAAACCCAUAAUGACCUACACUGCAGAGACACAUCCAGAAACGGCGAAAACCAAAAGAAUGAUGGAAAUAGCAGAGAUGAAAGUACUACGCAGGAUAGCCGGAAAAACCCUACUGGACAGGGAAAGUAGUGAGAAUAUCAGAAGAUUGUGCAAAAUGGGUUCUAUCAAGAAAGAAAGAAUGGAACGAGCACCUAAGUCGUAUGGAUAA